CAACGACGCUCUUGUUUAUCUAAAGAAGCAGAGCAAUGUGAACCAUCAUCAUUCCAUUCUCAAGCCAUUUUGGCGUCGUCACUCGUUUUUACAUCACUGACCGGGCCUGUUGCCCAUAAUGGCCAAAGAUUCGGGGACGAUGUCCCUGGUCGAGCGCUAUCGUCCUUCGUUAUUCGUCUUAGCUUCGCAAGUGGCGGCCGCCACCCUGAAUGCCGCCGCGAAGUACGCCGAGACUAGACUCGAGCAAGUCCAUCCUUUCCAGGUCCUCCAUGUCCGGAUGUUGAUCACCGCCCUCGGAUGUACCUGGUAUCUCUGGCACAUCGGCGGAUCUAAGAAGUCCGACCUUCUGUUCGGAACGCCCGACGUCCGAGGUCUCAUUCUGCUGCGAGCUCUUGGUGGUACUUGUGGUGCUUCAGGAUUCUUCUUUUCUAUGAAAUAUUUGAACCUCAGUGAAGCAACAGCUUUGAAUUUCCUUGGUCCUCUAGGGUCGUUGAUCCUAACACGAUAUCUGUCAUUCGCUACUGUCCAAUGGACUGACUGCCUCGGCGCCGUCGGCGCGCUCGGAGGAGUUGUACUCAUAUCCCAGCCUGAAGAGAUAUUCGGCACCAUCCAAGCUACCCAGCGCGAUGUCUCAGCAGAUGCGACUGCCAACAUGAAGGGCUUGGCUUUUGCCGUGCUUGGCCUCUGUGGAGGUGUAAUUACCCUCACGUCGAUCCGUUGCAUUGGAAAGAGAGCUCAUCCGCUGACUAGUGUUAACGUAUUCGCAUGGAGCCUGGCAACUGUGAGUUGGAUUGGUCUUAUGAUAGUUCCAGGAAUUACAUGGCCGAAGAAUCCGCUCACAUGGCUUUGUCUUAUAUAUAUUGGCACCUGUGGUCUCGCGAUGGAGUUUACCCUCACGGUUGGAAUAUCGAGUGACUCAUCUUCAGCUGCUACACUCAUGAUUUACUCCCAAAUAGUCUGGGCUCUAAUACUGGACCGCAUCUUAUUCCAAUCCACAAUCAAUUUCUGGGAGAUUUUAGGCGCCAUAAUUGUUAUCGGCAGCUUAACCCUUGUUACCCUAACCGGGAACGGCCAGAAACCGGAGAAGGUUGAAUACAAAGACAUAAGGUGUGAAGACGAAGAAGCAGGCAGAUUGAGUGUGGAUGAACCCCCAGUCGAACAGACCAAUGCCAAUCCAUAGAGGUUUCAACACGUUUCUUUAACCUCGGUAACUAACCCUGAGGAUACAUAUCGAACAUGAUAUUUCGAAUGGAUCGAAUGGCUAGGGUAUAGGUUGGAGAGGAUUCUUGUAUAUUCACUCUUUACGAGUCACUCAUUGAAGAUUUUCUUGGGUAAUGCAUAUAAGCAUAGAUGAAUAAUUACCAAUUCCAGCUGUCGUGUGCAAAAAUAGGGGGGCGAUUACGGUGGCUUAGUCAGGAGACAGUUUAUCUCCGACAAACUCCGGUCAACUAGGGAGGGAAUAGGG